AUGAGGGCCUCGGUAGCAGAUCUAGCAGAUCUCGAUCGCGGCUGGUUGGUGCGCUCGGCCGGCGGCGUGCGCUGGGCUCGCCGGUUGGUGCUGAGUAAGCUUGUCGGCCUCGCUGGCGGCCAGCUGCACCUGGUCGAGAAUGAUCGUCGGCAGAGCUUUGGUGAGGCUGGUGCUGACGGCCUAGAGGCCACGCUCGAGGUGCUCGAUCCGCGGUUUUACGCCAAGGUGGCUUUCGGUGGCCGAAUCGGCGCUGCCGAGGCCUACAUGGCGGGCUAUUGGCGGGCCGAGGAUCUCACCGCGGUGAUCCGGCUGGUGGUGCGCAACCAAGCGACCAUCGCCCGGCUGGACGGCGGCCUGAAUUGGCUGCGCCGGCCGCUGCAACGAGCCUGGCACCGGCUGCGGCGUAAUACCCAGACCGGUAGCCGGCGCAACAUCGGCGCGCACUACGAUCUCUCCAAUGAGUUCUUCGAGCUCUUCUUGGAUCGCGAGUUGAUGUACUCCUGCGCCAUCUUCGAGCCGCCGGAUGCGAGUCUCGAAGAGGCUUCCCAAGCCAAGCUCGACCGGUUGUGCGACAAGCUCGACUUGAGCUCGACAGAUCACCUGUUGGAAAUCGGCACCGGCUGGGGCGGCCUGGCCCUGCAUGCCGCCCGCCGCCACGGCUGUCGGGUGACCACGACGACGAUAUCGGCCGAGCAGUUUGCCUACGCCUCCCGACGGGUGCGUGAGGCUGGACUAGAAGAUCGCAUCACGGUGCUCGAUCACGAUUAUCGCAACCUCGAGGGCCAGUACGACAAGCUGGUCUCGGUCGAGAUGAUCGAGGCGGUGGGUCUCGACCACCUGGAGGUCUUCUUCGGCAAAUGCGCGGAGCUGCUACUGCCUGAUGGCCGCAUGGUGCUGCAAGCGAUCACGAUUGCCGACCGGUUCUACGACGAGGCCCGUGACUCGGUGGACUUCAUCCAACAGUACAUUUUUCCCGGCAGCGGCAUCCCCUCGAUCAACGCCAUGUCGAGCGCCGUGGCACGGCGGACCGAUUUGACUGUUGUCCACCUUGAGGACAUCGGUCUGCACUACGCCACUACCCUACGCCGGUGGCGUGAACGCUUCGAAGAGCGGUUGGGGGCGGUGCGUGAGCUCGGGUUCUCGGAACGAUUCGAGCGCUUGUGGCGCUAUUACCUUUGCUAUUGCGAAGGUGGCUUCCUAGAACGCGCGAUCAGCGAUGUGCAGAUCAUUCUGGUCAAGCCCGACGACGAUGGCUUGCUCCCGUUGGGACGGUUGGAUUGA